CGAGAGGAUAGUGGGAUUGAUGUGGAGUGUUCUGAACAGGAACACUUUAGAUUCCAGACUCCUGUCACUCCUCAGUGACAUCAUGUGUGUUCUGGUUCCUAGUUCUAUGGUCCUUGUGUGCCAGAGGGUGCAGCCCACUGGGAGGACGACAAUGCCCCCUCAUCUGCAACCCAGACACCUCCUGCCUCUUCUUCUCCAUGUCAUUCUACUCUGCCUUCAUGCAACUGCCUGGCCCCACGAUUCCAGAGGUGUGGUGGAUGACAAGUGUCCCAGCUCAGAGUGGAACCACAUGUGUAGGGACUGUUGUGAGUACCAGCUGAUCCAGUGUAGAUGUCCUUCCCAGGGGGCACGGGUGGGCUACUCCGUCCCCUGCUGCCGCAACCAACUGGACCAGUGUGACCCCUGCAUCAUCCACCCUGGCUGCAGUCUGUUUGAGAACUGUAAAACCUGUCACAAUGGGACGUGGGAGGCCAAGGAUGAUUUCUUCAUCCGAGGGAGAUUCUGUACGGACUGUCGUCAGGGCUGGGCAGGUGGAGACUGCAAGACAUGUGGAGGAGUGAUUCGUAGAGCCCAGGGCCACAUCAUGCUGGAGAGUUACCCCAUCAAUGCGCACUGUGAGUGGAGGGUGCAGGUAGAGAAAGGGGAGAACGUGGAGCUCAGGUUCUCCAUGCUUAGUCUAGAGCCUGACCACAACUGUCACUAUGACUACGUGGAGCUGCGAGAUGGUGACAGCCUGAGCUCCCCCGUCAUUGGCCGGUUUUGUGGGAAUGAGCUGCCUCCACCAAUCAGAACCUCUGGAAGCAGGCUGCACGUCCUGUUUGUCUCAGAUGGCUACAACAACUUUGAUGGCUUCUUUGCCGCUUUUCAGCAGAUCUCAGUUGCUAGGAGUCAGGUGUGUGUGUUGCCAGCGAGGCCCGUGAACGGGGAGCUCCUCUCUGUGUACGGCCUGGAGGAUGAGCUCCUGGCUGUUCAGUACCUGUGCCACCCACCCUACACACUGACUGGCAGCCCCCAGAGGACCUGCCUGCCCAACGCCACCUGGAGUGGCACGGUGCCCAUCUGUGGGAAGGUAGAUAAAGAGCCCAUUCGACCCAGUCAGAGCCCGUUCGACCCAGUUAGAGGGGUGCAGACCCAGUCAGAGCCCAUUCGACCCAGUCAGAGGGGUGCAGACCCAGUCAGAGGGCUCGGGGUGUGUCCUCCUCCAGCCAGGCUGCACCAUGGCUACCUCCAGCUGGUCCGGGGCUCUGGAGGAGGUCCUGACACAGUGGACUACUUCUGUAACCCCUCCUACAUCCUGAGUGGCGGCUCCCGGAGCACCUGUCUCCCAGAUGGCUCGUGGAGUGGCCGGCAACCACUGUGUGUGAGAGCCUGUCGAGAGCCUAAGGUAUCUGAGCUGGUGAGACACAAAGUUGUGAAGCCAAAGGCCCCAUCCAGGAAUAGUCCAGUCCACAGGCUUCACACCUCAUCCAGUCAUAAGGUCUAUGACAGUCACCCCCCUGGCAUGGACCCACCCUCCUCAGGGAACCUCCCCAGCACCCAAGACCCUGUCCUGAGGGAAUUACCCCGUGGUUUCCACCAGCUGUCCACUAGCAUAGAGUAUGAGUGUGCCUCCUCUCUCUACCAACACUACGGUAGCCCCCAGCGCACCUGUCUGAAGACUGGCAGGUGGAGCGGGCAUCAUGUCUCCUGCUCGCCAGUGUGUGGUCAACUCCCAGCAGGCUUCAGCCAUCAGAACCUCACUGAGAUUGGAUGGCCCUGGCAUGCAGCCAUCUACCUCCGCUCCCACAUCAUCCACAGAGCUGGCUCUGGCCUACAGACGGCACCAGAGGAGGCCUCCUCUCCCUGGCAACUGGCGUGCAGUGGAGCACUAGUCACCCAGCUCAGUGUGCUGGUGGCAGCUCACUGCCUGGUGGUGGCAGGAGUGGGCAAGCCGCAGUGGGUAGAUCCAGCCAACAUUAAAGUGGUGAUGGGAAUGCACAGCCCGGGCCAGAUGAGGACACUGAAACAACUGCAGGUUUCCUCUGUCCUGGUCCAUCCCAGCUUUGAUCCUGUGACACUGGACUCGGACCUGGCCGUUCUGAAGCUACGGGACAAGGCCAAGAUCAGUGAGCGUGUGCUGCCCGUGUGUCUCCCCAAAAUGCAAGGUGGGGAGGUGACCGCCACACAGGGCUAUGCCACAGGCUGGCUCCUUACAUCUGACUCAAGGUCCAGUUCCAAACCCAGCCUAGACGCCGAGACAGCCCAGACUGGAGUAGUCGAGCUGGGGGAUGUCGUUCAGUGCGAGAGGCAGUUUGCUCAGAGCGGGGCCCCUGUCACCAUCACUGACAAUAUGCUGUGUGCAAUGCGCCACCCUCUCAAUCCCACCAAGCCUUGUCCCACUGUCAGUGCAGGCAUUACAAUCAUACCAUCUCCUGCCACUAAGCCAUCAUCGGGUCCUUCGGGGGGACAGGGGGAUGAUAGUGUUGUCUGGGAGCUUCUGGCAUUAGAAAGUUUUGGUUAUGAGAAAUGGAACUGUGGCCCAGGGCUUUACACAGUCCAUACCCGGAUAAACAACUUCAAAGACUGGAUACAGAAAAACAUGAAGUAGAUCUCUGAUUUGACUCCAGUCUCAGCCACUCUGUCACCAUCAUUGACAGCCUGUGUUAUUUUUCUAACAACUCACUUACUCAGUGUUGCCAGUUCCCUGAAACAGAUAACAGGGCUAAGCGCUUGACAGUGCAUUCGGCUGAGCCAAUUGGAAACUUCCUAAGACGAGAUGUGGGGAGGACAGUCAUCCCUGGCACUAUUUACUAUGAUGUAUAUUUACCACUAAUUACUAUUAUGUACACUGAACAAAAAUAUAAACGCAACAUGUAAAGUGUUGGUUCCAUGUUUCAUGAGGUGAAAUAAAAGAUCCCAGAAAAUGCUCCAUACACACAAAAAGCUUAUUUCUCUCAAAUGUUGUCCACAAAUGUGUUUACAUCUCUGUUAGUGAGCAUUUCUCCUUUGCCAAGAUAAUCCAUCCACCUGACAGGUGUGGCAUAUCAGCAAGCUGAUUAAACAGCAUGAUCAUUACACAGGUGCACCUUGUGUUGGGGACAAUAAAAGGACACUUUAAAAUGUGCCGUUUGGUUACAGUGCCACAAAUGUCUCAAGUUUUGAGGGAGAGUGCAAUUGGUAUGCUGACUGCAGGAAUGUCCACAAUAGCUGUUGCCGGAUAAUUUAAUGUUAAUUUCUCUACCAUAAACUGCCUAGGACGUUGUUUUAGAGAAUUUGGUUGUACAUCCAAACGGCCUCCCAACCGCAGACCACAGACCUGAUGUCAACAUUGUGAACAAAGUGCCCCAUGGUGGCAGUGGGGUUACGGUAUGGUCAGGCAUAAACUACAGACAAUGAAAACAAUUGCAUUGUAUCGAUGGCAAUUUGAGUACACAGAGAUAUCGUAUUUGAAUGUAUUAUGGCUCCCCAAUAGAUGCUAACAAGACAGCAGCUACUCUUCCUGGGGUCCAGCAAAAUAAAGGCAGUUAAACAUUUUUUUUGAACAUUAUAAUACAUUCACAACAUAUUAACAAAAUAUACCAUGACGAGAUCCUGAGGCCCAUCGUCGUGCCAUUCAUCCGCCUCCAUCACCUCAUGUUUCAGCAUGAUAAAGCAAAGCCCCAUGUCGCAAGGAUAUGUACACAAUUUCUGCAAUCUGAAAAUGUCCCAGUUCUUCCAUAAAAUCACCAUAUAAUAACAAUAACAUAAGCAUAUCGUAACCAUAUCAUAACCAUAAAAUCACCAUAUCUUAACCAUAUCAUAACCAGAAAAUCACCAUAAAAUAAUAUCAUAACCAUAAAAUAACCAUAUAAUAACCAUAAAAUAAUAUCAUAACCAUAAAAUAACCAUAUAAUAACCAUAAAAUAAUAUCAUAACCAUAAAAUAACCAUAAAAUAACCAUAAAAUAACCAUAA